CUAUGGGGGCGGGGCCGGCUUCAGGAAACGGCUCACAUUCCCGGUGUCGCUCGGUGUCAGGGCCGCAGCUGACCGCCUGCUCCUCCUCCUCCCCGGGUCACGGGCGGCAGAUGGCGGCUCAGGGGACCGCCGGCGACAUGCGGGGCUGCUGCAGGUAGUGGGUCCGGAGCCGUCAUGGCGGAGCACCUGGAGCUGCUGGCGGAGAUGCCGGCCGUCAGCCGGAUGAGCACGCAGGAGCGGCUGAAGCAUGCGCAGAAGAGACGGGCGCAGCAGCUGAAGAAGUGGGCGCAGGGCGAGAAGGAGGCGCCCGGCAGGAAGGGGCGCCCGAAGAAAGCGGGGAGCAGGGAACCUCGGAGGGUGGGCUUCCCCCACAAUGUCACCCUGCUGGAGGCGGCGACCCGCAGCGACGCCGAGGAAGUCCGUCAGUUACUGCAGAGCGGAUACAGCGCCAACCUGUGCAACGAGGACGGCCUGACGGCUCUGCACCAGUGCUGCAUCGAUGACUAUGAGGAGAUUGUCCGGAUGCUGGUAGACGCCGGCGCCGAUGUGAACGCCUGUGACAGUGAACUGUGGACCCCGCUGCACGCCGCCGCCACCUGCGGACACCUGCACCUGGUGGAGCUGCUCAUCAAACAUGGCGCCAACCUCCUGGCCGUGAACUCUGACGGGAACAUGCCCUAUGACCUCUGCGAGGACGACGUUACCCUGGACCACAUAGAGACCGUCAUGGCCGAGCAGGGAAUCACCCAGGAAAAGAUUGAGGCGGCGCGGGCGGCCACGGAGAUGAGCAUGGUGUCCGAUAUCAGGCAGCUGCUGGAGUCCGGGUCAGAGGUCAACGCUCAGGACCAGUCCGGCACCAGCUUGUUGCACAUUGCGGCAGCCAAUGGUUACGCGGCGGCAGCGGAGCUUCUGUUGGAUCACAAGGCCUCGGUGAACGCCCGGGACAGUGACGGCUGGGAGCCGCUCCAUGCUGCGGCCUGCUGGGGACAGAUCCAGCUGGUGGAGCAGCUUGUGGCUCAUGGCGCCGACCUGAACUCCAAGUCUUUUCUGGACGAGACACCACUGGACGUGUGCGGUGACGAGGAGGUCCGCGCCAAGAUCCUGGAGCUCAAACACAAGCACGACGCCAUCAAGAAGUCACAGGACAAGCACAAGAGCGCCCUCCAGAGGAGAACGUCCAGCGCGGGCAGCCGGGGGAAGGUGGUCCGCCGGGUGAGCGUCACCGAGCGCACCAACCUCUACCGCCGAGAGCACCAGAAGGAGGCCAUGGUGUGGCAGCAGCGCGGAGCCCGGGAGAGCGAGGCGCAGGACGAGGAGGAGCCGGCAACUGCCGAGAUCCGCCAACAGCAGGAGCCUGGAUCGGCCCCCCAGAAAGCUGAAGCUAUUGAAAGUGAAGACAAUCAGAAGAAUGGCGCUCCACUGGAGGCCUCUGUCCCUGCUCCUGCGUCACAGCGGAACGGCAGCGCGCGAUCAGCCCAUAAGCACACGUUCUCCAAGCGCCUGGACCGCAGCGUUUCUUACCAGCUGGCCACCCAAGCGGAGCUGUGUCCAGACCUGAGUCAUGAACGCUCUCACCACACACUGGCCGAGCUAAAACGACAGCGAGCAGCGGCCAAGCUGCAGAGACACGCCCCACCGCCGCCCAGCACGGGGCCCCCAGCACAGGAACCAAGCACUACAGAAGUAACAUCUCCUAACUCAGUUUAUUACACGAAUGCCAGCGGGGAGCCGCCAUUGCUAAAGCUCAUCGCCCCCGCAGAGGACGCCUCCCCAGCCGAGAAGAGACCCUGCUGUGGGGUCAUGUGACUCAAAGACCGCACUACAGAAAAAACACUUUUAUAGCAAUAUUCCGCGGGCCCCAUGCCCCGACCAGAGAGCCUAUUUUUAUACGGUGGUUUCGGGGACCCGUACUCAGCGCCAGCUGGGUCUUCCCUCCAGAUUUUUUCCUUUUAAGAUAUAUAUUUUUAUCUAGAGUGUUUCUAUAAUUUAAUGGUGCCUUGGGGGCGGGGAAGCUCUUCUCAUCACACCCUGACAGUAACCCCGCCCCUGAGGUGUUGCACAGGCUGGGAUUAACCCUCCACAGUCCUGAUUGACUGCUGUGACCCUACAUUGUCCCUCUGCACUACAACUCUAAUAUCCGCACACUACAACACCAGCCAGGCGCACUGUGGCUGGAGGGACCAUAGCAACCAGCCCAGCGCUCGACGAUGCCGCUGUCUCCGCGGUCACUUGUUAGCGCCAGCUGCUCAUUGGGGGAUGGCUGCAGACCAUUACCGGCCCUCGCUUCGCCGUUAGUUGUGUUCUCUGCACGCUCUGACAAUCGUGAAUACACUAUAUUUUUAUAUUUAUCGUCAUCAGCGAUUCCGUGCCCCAGGCGCGCUUAUAACGACAGGUUCAUCCGUAUUUUCACCAGCAGCACGUGGAGGUUUGCAGAAAUCUUCACACCCCUUCGGAUGGCCCUCCCCUCUCAGUUGAUGCCCUCUGUCCUAGCGUCACACAAUCGCGCCCCAUCACAGUGUUAGACAUGGGCGAUAUUGGAGGAGUCAGCGAAAUCCCAUUCUGUUACACGGAAGUUUCAUCGUGUUUGUCUGCGAGUGCGUUCAGUGCGUGAACAAAAACGGAAGAAUAAUCCUCAGCAUUCCGAGCAACCAUCAGUGAAAAACGCAUUGCGUCUGGACAAAAAACUCGCUCUUGUAAAAGCGGCCUCUUAGACUCGCAAUUAAAGGGCCCAUCAUCGGUAGGUGACGCGGUCGGCCGCGGUAGAUCAGUGCUCGUCCGCAGCGUCUGAUCAGGUCUCUGGAAAUCUAGAAAGAGGCUUUUUAUAAUAUACUAAUUACUCCGAGGUGCAAUGAAGGCGGUGCUAUUGCACCCCCUGUUUGCUAGGCCGUGCCCCGAAUAUUCACGUGGUAGCGCCUUUGGCACAUGCGCAGUAAAGGGUGGAGAUUGCACAUCUGCCAAACCUGCUCAGGGCCAGUCCGUCUGUCACAGCGGUGGGGGUGCUGCCUCUGGGUGCAAUGUCACCACCCUUGUUGCACUUAAGGGGUAAUUUGCAUAUUAGAGUAUUAUUUCUGAAGCUAGUGGACACGUAUGGAGAUACCAGCGACAACCCAUGUACAGCGGCCGACCGCGUCACCGAGGCGUAAGUGACGACACAGGCCACUUAAAGGGGUUCUCUGUAUAAAUGGAUUUGUACAGCGGUGUCCGUUCAGCGGAGCCUCCUGGCUCUUGCCACAGCCUUAGGCCCCAUUCAUACAACCGUAUUUUUGGUCGGCGUCCGAUCCGCAGUUUCUGUAUUUCAAUGGGGCACCUGAUGCAUUCUCUGCAUCCGUAUGUCCGAUUGUCUGUUCUGCGGACAAGGAUGGGCGUUGUUAUAAUGGAUCCGUAAAAAAAAUAGGAUGCAACUUGGACGUCAUCCACAUUUUUUACGGACUGCAAAAUACAUGCGGUCGU